UCUUCCACUCUCUUUCUCUGCCUUUCCUCAUUCUCCACUUUUCCUUAACCCCGAAGUCUUCUUUUCAUCUCCUCCUUCAUCUCCAUAUUCUUUGGCACAAACAAAGCUUACCAAGAAAACAAGAAAAAACCCCCUCUCCUCUUCUUUUUUUUUUUUUUGUUUUUGGAUCUAUCUUCUUCAAUGGCAGAUACAGACUCCUACACCAAACGGCAGCAGCUAGUAAAAGCGCAAAACCAAGCAAACCCGAGUAAGUACUAUAAACAUUUCCUGAACAAAGCUCUCGUAGUCAUAAUAUUUUUGGUUAUAAUCCCAGUUUUUCCCUCACAAGCACCUGAAUUCAUCAACCAAACUCUACUAAACAGAAGCUGGGAGCUUCUGCACCUUUUAUUCGUUGGGAUAGCCGUUUCUUACGGGCUUUUUAGCAGGCGAAACGAUGAAAUAGAGAAAGAAAACAACAAUAACCAAUCUAAGUUUGAUAAUGUACAAUCUUUCGUGUCUAGAUUCCUUCAGGUGUCAUCUGUUUUCGAUGAUGAAGCUGAAAAUUUACCCGGGUCUGACGAAAGCAAGGUCCAGACUUGGAGUAACCAAUACUAUAGGAAUGAACCUCCUGUUGUUGUAGCAAAAGAACAUGCUGUUCUUGAUGAACAGAGAAGUUCUAGCUCUAGAAUCUCCGAAAAGCCUUUGCUUUUGCCUGUUAGGAGCUUGAAAUCGCGUGUUUUGGACGCGAAUAAUCUUGAGACAAGUAGGGAAAAUAGUUCAAAUUCUAGCUCUCUCAGUAGGUCUGAUUCUAGUUUUAGUUCCAAAAGGUUUUCAAAUAAAGGUACAAAUGGGGCAUUGGGAGGCUUGGAUCAAGAUGCUUUGGAGAAGAAGUUGAAUGAGAAUAAUGUUGUUCUCCCUUCACCAAUUCCUUGGCGCUCAAGAUCUGGAAGAAUGGAAGUGAAAGAUGAUAUUGAAUCUGAAUUCAAUAGGCUUGAAUCUCGGUCCUUUAGGUCACAAACUAAUCGUUUGUCUCGAUCCAGUUCCCUGUCUUCUUCACCAAAGUUGUCCCCUUCACCGCCUCUAUCUUCGCCAAAGAAGUUAUCUCCUUCUCCUCCUUUGUCAAUGGAAGCACAAGCCAAGAGUGCAGAGGAUGUGGUGAGGAAAAAGAGCAUUUACAGGUCUCCACCCCCACCACCACCACCACCUCCACCCCCACCAAUAAUUCACAAAUCGUCAUCACUGAAACCAAGUUCUACCUUGAUUGAUGAUGAGGUUUCCUUUGAUAAGGAUUUGCCUUGGAACUAUGCAAGCGAAGACUCGGAUGGAGACACAUUAAUGGGGACACAAAGGGACUAUGUUGAUGGUUUGUCCAAGGGAAAGUCACUUAAGAUGAUUCGGCCAAGUGAUUCGCUUAGGGGAACAAGGAAAGAUGGUGAAAUUGAGAACGGGAUCAAUGGCAAGACAGUGAGGUUUGAUCAAACAUCAUUCAGGACGGAGAAGCUGAACCGUGAAAGUGUCAGUUUUAUGCCAAAGCCAACUUUCAUGGAAUUCCCGCGGGAGCAGAAACAUGAAUUUGUUGAAAAGUUGGUAAUGGAAACCACUGAUGAUGAGUCAGAAAGCGAGAAUGAGGAAGUUGGUGAUACUUCCUUUCUUUCAAGCUUCGAAAGAAGUCCAAACAUUGAGGAAGCUAGUCCGAGCAGUGGUAUAGAUGGAGGUUCUGAUGUAGAUAAGAAGGCGGAUGAGUUCAUAGCCAAAGUAAGAGAGCAGAUCAGGCUUCAGAGGAUUGACUCUAUUAAGAGAUCGAGUGGCCAGAUGAAGAGGAACUCUCCAAGGUAAAGUUAAAGAGACAUCAAGCCUUAAAUAUUUCACGGGAUGAAUUUGUAUUCGGUUUUUCAACCUUUUUUUUUCUUCCUUUUGUUCUGCUUCUAGCUUUACUGAAGGCCUUUUUGAAAAUAAGGUCAUGGCAUACAUAGAUAGUCUGGGGUUUCUUUCAUGUAACCAGCUACUGCAUUGGAGAAUUGUUUCUGUUCUCAAACUUGUCGGUUAUUGCAUCUCCUGCAUUGUUGUAAUUGAAUUGGAAAAAUAGUCUUUUUCCAAUGCAUUUGACCUAGUGUGAAUUCAGAUUUUCAGCUGCUCAACAAGCUGAUGAUCAAAGAACAUACAGCUAUCUCAAUA